CAGAAAGUUCCCAGAGAGCCCAAAAAGGGGUUCCAAGGGGCUUCAGGGGCGUUUUAAGGGGUUGUUUCGGGGAAUUUGAGGGCGUUCUGUCAAGAUUUUUUGGUGUUUUCAUGGCAUUACGGGGAAUUCAGCGGUAUUUCAAUAGUAUUUAGUGGGUUUCAGGGGCAUUCCAAGGGUCUUUAGGGGCAAUUCAAGGGAUCUCAGGAGUCUUUGAAGGACGUUGCAGGAGGUUUGAGGGGCGUUUACCUUAAAUACCUUAUUCAGAGUCAUUUCAGUGAGUUUCAGGGUGUUUUAGGGGCAUUUGAUGGCAUUUGAGAGGCGUCUCAAGGGGUUUUCAGGUUCGUUUCAAGGGGUUUAUGGACCCCAUUAAAGGCAUCCAAAGGGGUUUUAGAGGCAUUUCAAAUAGAUUAUAAUGAUUUCAAGGGCGUUUCAAUGGGAUUACGGAGGUUGCAGGGGCGUUAAGAGGCAUUUUAGGUUAGCGUCGUAUCAAGGGGUUUCAAGACAAUCUUCAAAUCAAAGGGUUUUUCAGAGGUGUGUUGGGGUCGCUAAAAAUCCUUUGAAACUUCCUGAAAUGCCUACAAGAUCCCCCUGAAACCCCCACGACCCCAUGUAACGCACCUAAGUCGGUCCGAAACCCGCGAAAACUCAUCGUAACGCUUCCUUAACGCCUCUGAAUCCCGCCGAAAAUGGUCUGAAACAUCUUGAAAUGCCUCCAAAAUUCCCCUUAAACCCCCUCGGGCCCCAUGUAACGCACCUGAGAGGCUUCGAACCCCCCGAAAACUCCUCGUAACGCUUAAGUAAACGUCCGGAAAUGUCUCCAAAAUCCCCCUGAAACCCACUUGGACCCCAUGUAACGCACAUGAGGAUGAGACCCAAAAACGUACCUGUAACCUUCCUUUGCUCUCCCCUGUAAACACCCCUUAGCCGCCGUUGCAAUAGUUCCCGUCAUUAUUAAAUAUUCUUAUGCACAAUAUAGAUUCUGAGUAGCUUUCCCUCUUUUUAUGCAGAGCAUAAAAAAAGGUGCAUAAAUUGGAAGUGCAUAAAAAUAACAUGCAUAAAAAAAAGUUUUAGUGUAUAUCGAAUUCUAUGCUCACUUCCCGAAUGGAGGAGAACGUGCCUCUAGAGCCGACCUACUGAUGCUCACUGUAACACAAAUAAUUAUGAACUAAGCUGAACACUACGGUUUACAAAUGAUUCUUACCACUAGGAAUUGUAGUUCAAUGAAAAUAUAAUAGUUUUAAACUAGCAAAAUCAAAACUUACUCCAGUUAAUAAUCAUAUAUCGAAUCUCACUUUCGCAACUCAUCAUAUAUGACAGCUCGCUCUUUCUGUGUCAUCGUGAUCAUGACUGCUACCCAGCCUGCUACCUACAGCUAUCUACCACCUUAACAAUAAGGAUGCCCUGUUAUAAUUAUCGAUAUCAUCUCGAUCAAGGGGCUCGCUGCGCGUCGCAACAGCAUUCUUGGUAGAAUGUUUUCAAAAUACCCUGGAAGAUUUUCUGAAGGAACCGCUGUUGGAAUUUAAGAAGAAGUACCUGGGGAAUUUUCAAAGUCGUUUUUUUUAUUGUGAAUCUUUUGAUGAGUUUCUGAAUGAAUCCUCUCUCCAAGAUUUUCGGAAGAAAUUACUGAAGGAUUCCAGAAGAAAUUAGUGAAACAAUCCAUGCAAGAUUUGCUAAAGUAAUGUCUCAAAAAAUACAGUAGGAAUAGCUCAGGAAAUUAAGCAAGAUUGGGGCCUAUUGAUAAGACAAGAAAAUUAAAAAAAAAUCAUCUAUCGGGAGAAUAUUUGGUUGGUCCGGUGCGACCACCGUAGGAUUUGGAAAUCUGGAUUUUCAAGAUGAUGUCCUUAUAUUAUACUGAUAUCCACAUUUUUUGGGUUAGAAUACCUUAAAUUGUUUAUCGCCAGCCAUUGUUCCACGGGAAUCCUGUUUCUAAGUGACAAUUUCGAAGUCAAGACCUUUUGUAAUCCAAGACCGGUCAGAUAGUUUCUGCUGGGCCAGGUUUAGGAUGAUUGAUGCCCAUAUUGCUGCUGGCUCACCUAAAAUUCCAUGCAUUCUAUUGCAUAAAAACAUGAACUCGGAAAUCCAGAUUAUCCGGCACCCACGGUUAUCGAACCGGUCCAACCGAAUAGUCUCCUGAUAGAUAAUGAGUUUCUGAGUUGAAAAAAAAAACAUUUUUUUUUUUUGGGUACUUUUCUGCUAUAAUUUUGAACCAAUUGACACAUUUUUUGGAAUGCGGUGAGAUAGGUAGGGUAGAAGCUUCAGUUUUGGCCAGUCCGGAGUUUUGGCCAUAGUGCGGUAUUGAGCCUGUUGCGAUCUAAAUCGGCGUAAAUUUAUUUUUUACUAGUAGAUCCUAAUACAAUAUGAUGAUUACAGCUGUGAAAACCACACAUUUUGAUUAAAAACUGGAAGAAAAAAAUAUAUUUCCUUAAAAAAUCUGCUCCCAUAUAUCUAUUUUGGCCAGGGUGCUUCUAAUUUGGCCACUCCCAUAAGAAAUACACGUGAUUGGCCAAAAUAGAAACCAAACUUAAGAAUAUGGCCAAAACUGCGGCAGAGCUUCUAUUUUGGCCAGUGCCACUUUUAAUACAAAAAUCAAGUAUUGGCAUGAUUUCUGCAUUUUUCCUUCAAAAUAUAGAUUGAAACCUUUCUUUUGACGCAUUGGUUGUUUUCAUAGGAUUAUUGGUUAUUUUUAUAAAAAUGAUUUCCCUUAGACUGGCCAAACCGGUGCCCGCACCCUAUAGUAUCUAGCCGUGUACAAAAUGUCAAGUCGAUUGGUUUGAAAUUGUCUGAGUUUUAGCGAAGAGUGCCCAAAAUACCGGCCACUGCCCAAGUGGCUCACUACCCCAAUCCAACUAAUCUUAAAAGAAGGGGGUUAGGGAUUCCCAUUGAACAUGGGACAACUAUGCUGCUCACGGCAGUUUUAUACAGUAUUGCAUCAAGUAUCCUAUCCUCACUCUUCCAGAAAUUCUUAGAUUAAUGCCUUAACUGAUAUACUCUCUAGUAAAUUUUUCGAUUUUUGCUGAGGCUAACCAUGCCAAGUGGAAAUUACAACGUUUGAUUGCUCUGACAUCCAUACACGCAGCAGAAAUAUGUGUUUGAUGAACUAAUGGAGAUUUGAAUUGCGAAAAGAAAUCCAAGUGCUCCGGUGGGAAUCCAACCCACGACUUACAAUUGGCUAGACGGGCGCUUCUUUCCUCCAUGCUACGGAGCCACUUCACCAUCUCCGUCCAUUGCAGGCACAGAACUGAACUCGGUUCCACUAAUGCACAUGGUUUGUUCGCUUUCACAAUCCAAACCUCUUUCCGAUGGAAACCAGAUGAACAUCUUCAUGUCUAUAUCGAUUGGGAGUCCUGAAGAGAGUCUUGGGAGUCGUGGGUUCGAUUUUCACCGGAGCACGUAAAUUUCUUUUCAUAUUUCAAAUAUCAAUUUGUUCAUCAAACACGUGUUUCUGUUGUGUGCAUGAAUGUCAGAACAAUCAUACGUGAUUCAUGUCUGAAACGUUUCCAGCAAAUGCUCACUGAGUUUAGCCAAGAUAUCCACCAAAAAUAACAGCAGAUAUUAUGUGUGAAGGUAUCUAAGCUCGAUUUCCGUCCGUAAAUCAAUUUCCUGAACCACAGUGCAAUGUUGAGUGCAAUAUGAUAUGGGAUGCCACCGCCUCCCAAAAGGGCUGGACGUGUUGGCACGAAACGUCGAUUUGUAAUCGAUUACCGUGCCGUGUAGGUAUGAUCUGCAGGAAUGCCCGAUCGCGUGGAAAGGUGGCAAUUUCGACGAGUGAUCCCUGCGGUACUGCCUCUCGUAAGGCCAAUGUCAAUACGACGAACGGAUCUUAAUGAUAUGGGUCGCGAAUGGAUGUGGUUGGGGGUUUAUGGAUGCAUGAAAUCCAAUCAUUGCAUUUUUAUCUCGGAUGCAUCUCCAAAUUGGUGUCCGCGUAGUGUUGAGAAAUUCCCAAUACGACUAUAAAUCCACAGUCCACACCGACUGAUGGAGUAGUCGAAAGUUGGUGCUUAUCGUCCCGAUUUCGAUCAAGUGCUGCAAAGAGCCGUGAUGUGGUCAUUACUCAUGAUGUCGGCUUUACUUUGCAUCGACCGCAGAUGGCACCACCUUCCCCGCCUGAACGAUGCGCAGCUAACGGACGACGACGACGACGGAUUUUCGCAUAAAUGAUGAUUAUCAUUCGAACUUCGACAACGCAUUUACCUUCCUCCGUUUUCCAAUGUAUCCUGUCCUCUGAUGGACGACCAUCAGCCAAGUGAGCAGCCACAGCAAUAAUAUUGAUGGACGUUCGAACCAGCUACCAGCUCAGAACCAGCAGGAUUUGCAUCCCAAAGUGCAUGUAAUCCAUCGAACCCGUUGUUCGUUGUCGGUUCUGGUUCUGGUCUUGUUGCUCCUCUAACCGGUCAAUAUGGGAUUGAAAAAUGUGGUUUUUAUUCAGAGAUGCCGUGCUCCCGGUGAACUUCGACUGAUGCUGCCCAAUUGGUUGACCCAUAUAUUAGCAUUGUGAACUUCAUCCUCACUGAUGGUCAGAGCGGGUUUUGUGGAACUGUAUAUUGUACGUUUUCAAAAGGUGUGAACUUGUUUGAAUGUGGUUCAAUGAGUGCGACGUGGUAUUUCAUUUAUUUAGUUUAAUAUCAAAUUCAUGAUAACACUAAAUCUACAAUUUGUCGCCAUAAUACUCGAUUUGCAGCUGCAGCUGUCACGCUCCACCUGGUCCGCUCAUCGUGCUUCUUGUACCAACCGGAUGGUUAACAAACACCAGCUUUGCAGAAUUUUUGUUCGGCAUUAUUGCAACAUUUACUGCCCACCGUAUCGGUCUAGCUUUAGUCAUUUUCAGGAUGUCGGGUUCACCGUAGAGUGCAGCGAGCUCGUGGUUCAUCCUUCGCCGUCACACACCGUUUUCCUUCACGCCGCCGAAGAUCAUCCUUAGCACGCGUCGCUCGAAAACUCCGAGUGCUUGCAGGUCCUCCUCGAACAUAGUCCAUGUCUAUAGUACCCGUGUAUAGGACCACCGGUCUUAUCAGCGUUUUGUACAUGGUACAUUUGGUGCGAGGGUGAAUAUUUUUUUUGAUCUCAGUGUGCGCGAGGAAGCCCACCGUGCACACUACCACCAACCUGGUCGAUAACAUUGAUCAACCUUCUGUACCGGGAAUCUACGCAGCUGUCAACGAAGUGAACAAAGAUAAAACAACACAAAACGAAUAGACAACACAAACGUGGUUUCGAUUUUCUGUUCCUCUAAUUUCUAAAAUAUUUGCUAGUUAAAAUCUAAUCAACUUUGAACUUAUUAUUGAAUUCACAAGUUAAAAUCAACCAAAAGGUUGCGGACAGUGACAGACAAACUAAAAGGAAGGACUAAAAACGUAAGUCGUUACAAACACUCUUUAUUAAAAUUGUAAUAAUCAUGGAAAAUAAAUUUACAGCUUAAAGCAUUCUCUACAGCAAAAACGAGUCUGCUAAAUAGGAGUCCCGAAACUUUUCCCAUUGUCGCAUCAACCGCAACAAACUUUAAGGUUUUUAACCUCACAAAGUGAGUGCAUCAGGACGACUAGAAUGUCGGGAUCUGAUAAAUCGACCCGAAGACGCAGCGUCAUCCGACAACUGACGGAAGAGGAGAGUUCGGCGACUGGAUGUUGUCCCUUGUGCGACCGACCCGAUGUAGCCGAUAAAUGGAUGGUGCAGUGCGACCUGUGCAAGCGGUGGUUCCACUUCACUUGCGCGAAGGUUGACGAGAAUGUCAAGGAUAGAAGUUUUGCAUGCGGGAAAUGCGCUCUACCAUCCGGUCGGGAAUCUACACGAACUUCUUCCAGUACUAGUUCGUCGAGGAGACGGUUAGAACUCCUUCGAUUGCAGGAGGAAAAGGAGCUCCAAGAGAAGUUAUUGAUGGAGCAAGCGGAGGAGGAAUGCGCUCUGCAAAAGAAGGCACAAGUAGAGGAAAAUGAGAGGAGGAAGAGAAUCAUGCAGGAAAAGUUGGAGAUAGCCAAGCAGUAUUUGAAUAGGAAGUACGAAGUACUGCAGGAGGAGGAGCGAUCGAACGAAGGUAGGAGUCGGAAAAGUCUCUCCAGCACUCGGAGCAAACUCAGCGACGUUCAAAAAUGGGUUGAGAACCACGGUAUGGCCAUGGCAACCGGAUCCGGGAUAAGUCAAGUCCCCACCGGCACCACACCAAUCACCGAAGCUGGCCCCAGGGAUGAAUCUGCUAGACUUCCGUGUGGCGGGACAUUUCAAGGCACUGCUGCUCAACCCGAUGUUCCUAAAGAGCCUGUUGCAGUUACUGGCGCGUACGAUCAAAGCAAUAUUGCCUCGUGGGGAAUUCUGGUACCUCGCGCGGUCCAAAAUCCUGAAAAUUCGGUCCCGGCUCCACCACCCCCACCUCCUACUACUUCUAGCACUCCUGUCUAUAUGAGGCAGGGUUCGCGCACCUCCGCUUUUCUCGCCGCAGCCGAUAUAUCUUUGCCCACGUCUGCGCAGCAAGUUGGACAACUGAUGUAUUCAAUGGAGAUAUCGCCACCUCCCAGCGGCGACAAGUCUAGGGCUGACUUAGAACGGGAAGUUCGAGAGCUGAAGCAGCAAUUGACCAGCAUUCAACAGCCGUCGUCUAAUCAGCGCCAUCCGUUUCCCACUCCGAGUAGCAGCAGUACGUCGGAUGCAGUAACUACUAGCAUAAGUAUCACGACAGGUGCAGGUAUGUUAAACGCGCAAGCUCCGUUACCAACGGUUAGAGAACCAAGUAGGCAGGCACACAAUCCUAUUAGUUAUCCGGUAAGAAAUCAGGCUCAGAAUGUUAGCAUUGCUCAGGGGUUUGUAACAAAUUGUAACACAAUGAACACUGUAGUGAGCUCUAACUCGUUGCCUCACCGAGGCUCGAUAGUUUCGUCAAGUGCUGGGCUAUGGGAUCCUAACUACACCGGUAGCUGUUUCUACCCGGUAGUUUCCGCCAGUCAUUUAUCGCGACAGUACGAACCAAGUGCCGCGCAUGCCGCUGUCCGGCAUUCGUCUUUCCCGUUUGGUGUUCCCACCGGGCAUUCGUCGGGGCAUUACGCACCAAGUCAGCCGAAUCCUCGCAAUCAAUAUUCGACAUUUCCGCCUAAUGCUCCCUCCUACCCGUUCGUCGCGAGUGUAUCGAGUGUUCCAAAUCCGAUCGUUACGCCGCUACCGUCAAGCAGAGUCGCUCAUGAUCUUCCAGUCUCAUCGUGUGGACCGAGUUCACAGCAAAUCGCUGCAAGACACGUGGUGCCCAAGGAGCUACCAGAGUUUGCCGGCGACCCCAUAGACUGGCCGCUGUUCGUGAGUAGCUACAACAACUCAACGCGUAUGUGUGGAUAUACCGAUGACGAGAACCUCAUGCGUCUUCAGCGGUGCCUCAAAGGGAAUGCGAAGGAAGCAGUUCGGGGACAUCUCUACCAUCCGUCAUCAGUGCCACAGGUAAUGGCGACCUUGGAAACACUCUACGGUCGCCCUGAAUUGAUAGUUAAGUGCCUGAUGAAUAAAGUGUAUUCAACGCCGGCGCCGAAAGCGGACAAGCUGGAGAGCCUCAUCAGCUUCGGACUCGUCGUUCAGAACCUUUGUAGCCAGCUGCAGUCCAUGGGCAUGGACGCCCAUCUUUCAAACCCUUCGCUACUCCAGGAGUUGGUGGACAAGUUGCCGGCCAAUAUCAAGCUGGACUGGGCCUUGUACCAACGACAGAUUCCAGUAGCAGAUUUGCGGGCGUUUAGCGCGUACAUGACAGCAAUUCUGUCUGCGGCCAGCAACGUCACACUUUACGCAGAGCCAGUGCGAAAGCAGGAGAAGUUCAAGGGUAAAGAGAAGGGUUUUGUGAACGCGCAUACGACGGAGCCGGAACGGAAAGUCCAGCGGGACGUCAAGACAGAAGAUGCUGGUGCUAGUACCGUUCGCCAACCGAAGCCGUGUCUACUGUGCAAGAAGGACGGACACAAAGUGCGCGAGUGCAAUAGUUUCAAGAGCUUGUCCCUGGAGAAUCGUUGGAAGACGGCCCAGCAGCUAAGCCUCUGCCGCCGUUGCCUGAUUCCUCACGGUAAGUGGCCGUGCAAGGCUACGGUGUGUGGUGUAAGCAACUGUGAAGAACGCCAUCACAAGCUACUGCACCCGGGAAACCCUCAGGCGCCGACUAUCGAAGCAGUGUCUUCAGCGAGAAGCCAGGUCACACCCACAACAUCAGCGACGGUGAACGUUCAUCGUCAACUUCCGUGUCCGGUGCUAUUCCGGAUUCUUCCAGUUACUCUUCACGGGAAAAACAAGUCAGUCACCACGUUGGCAUUCCUCGACGACGGAUCUUCCUACACACUAAUGGAAAAAGAGUUGGCUGAUGAACUGGGCGUUGAAGGUGAAGCCGAACCCCUGUGUUUGCAGUGGACCAGCAGUAUCAAACGAACCGAAAAGGAUUCACAGAACGUACAGUUGGAAAUCUCGGCGGCUGGCAACAGUCAAAAGCACACACUGGAAUACGUACGGACGGUCGAAAGCUUGGAUCUUCCCCCGCAGUCUUUGCAGUACGAAGAGAUGGCGCGCAGAUACGAUUACCUCAAAGGUCUACCCGUAGACAGUUAUCCUAUCGCUACACCCCGUAUUCUGAUCGGUGUGGACAACGCUAAAUUGCUGCUGACGCUGAAGAAGCGAGAAGGGAAGCACUUCGAACCAGUUGCAGCAAAAACAAGGCUUGGUUGGACCAUCUACGGGAAAGCAGAAGGACUUUCGAGUACACCAGAACAUCGUCUUCUCCACAUCUGCGCUCGCUCAUCCGACGAACAGUUACAUGACGCAGUGAAAAACUUCUUUUCCAUCGAAAACGUUGGCGUGGCGCUUGUUCCACAAAUCGAAGCUGAAGAAGAUCGGCGAUCGCGUGAGAUUCUCGAGAAAACAACUAUUCGGACAUCAUCCGGGCGCUUCCAAACAGGACUGCUCUGGAAGUUUGACUGCGUUGAAUUUCCUCAAAGCCGAUUCAUGGCUGAAAAGCGACUGUCUUGUCUGGAACGGAGUUUGAGCAAGAAACCGGAGCUGUACGCAAACGUCCGACAGCAGAUCCUCGAUUAUCAAUCGAAGGGCUACGCCCAUAAGCUUACAAAUGAAGAAGCCAGCCUCAGUGACCCUAGAAGAGUCUGGUACUUGCCGUUAGGUGUGGUUCAGAACCCGAACAAGCCUGGAAAAGUCCGGGUUGUGUGGGACGCAGCGGCAACUACCGGUGGCGUAUCACUAAACUCCAUGCUACUGAAGGGGCCGGAUCUACUCACAUCGCUACCAUCCGUACUAUUCCGUUUCCGCCAGCGAGAGGUGGCCAUUACGGGUGACAUAAAAGAAAUGUUCCAUCAGAUCCUGAUUCGGCCGGAGGAUCGACAAGCUCAGCGGUUUUUGUGGCGGGACAGUGCAACGGAACCAGUGCAGGAAUACGUGAUGGAUGUUGCAACGUUUGGGUCAACAUGUUCGCCAUGCUCUGCCCAAUACGUAAAAAACAGAAAUGCCGAAGAGUGGAAGCAGGUAUACCCGGACGCGGCCGCGGCUAUCGUGGAGAACACCUACGUAGAUGACUACGCGAACAGUUCAGAUACGGUUGAGGAAGCAGUUCGCAUAGCGCUCGAGGUGAAGGAGAUACACGCAAGUGCUGGUUUCGAGAUUCGGAAUUGGCUUUCAAGCUCCAAACAAGUUCUUCGACGGGUCGGGGAAAAAACAACGCAAGUCUCAAAGUGCUGCAUUGCAGAGAAGUCCACCGGUUCAGAACGGGUACUUGGAAUGGCGUGGCUACCAGAACCCGACGAAUUCACGUUUGCUCUUAAGCUUCGUGAUGAAGUUGUUCAACUGUUGGCGGAAGGAUUCAUUCUGACAAAGCGUCAAGUGCUAAGAGUGGUCAUGAGCAUCUUUGAUCCUCUCGGGCUUGUUGCAGCGUUUGUAGUGCACGGAAAAUGCUUGAUCCAGGACAUUUGGAGAGCGAAAGUGAACUGGGACGAGCGAAUUCCAGAAGAAUUGGUCAUCAAGUGGCGGCGUUGGGUGGAGGUGCUGCAAAACCUUAACCAGGUGAAGAUUCCACGCUGCUAUUUUCCUGGAUACGAUCACCGCAGUUUGAAACGCUUGGAACUUCACGUGUUCGUAGAUGCAAGUGAGGCCGCGUAUGCAUGCGCCGCUUAUUUCCGGAUUGUCGACCGAGGACAGGUACGCUGCGCGCUGGUGUCGGCCAAAACAAAAGUGGCACCUCUAAGUCCAAUGUCGGUGCCUCGUUUGGAACUGCAAGCCGCAGUUAUCGGUGUCCGACUAAUGAAAUCGGUGCAGGAAAACCAUACAUUACCGAUAAGCCGUCGCGUAAUCUGGGGCGACUCUAAAACAGUUCAAUCGUGGCUUCGAUCGGAUCAGCGGAAGUACCGACAAUUUGUGGCGUUCAGGGUCAGCGAGAUUCUGAAUGAGACGAGCCUGGAAGAAUGGAAAUGGGUUCCUACACGACGCAACGUAGCAGAUGAAGCCACCAAGUGGGGCAAAGGACCGAGCUUUCAACCAGACAGUCGAUGGUUUACAGGACCUGAAUUCCUUUACGAGGAUGAAUCUAGAUGGCCAGAACAGGAAUACUCGCCGCCGGAUAUCCAGGAAGAAAUGCGACCAGUCCACGCCCACCACCGUCCAUCUUCGAAUCCAGUGUUCAAUUACCAGCGGUUCUCCAAGUAUCAACGACUUCUACGGACGGUAGGGUAUGUACUGCGCUUCAUUGAUCGUUGUCGUCGAAAGCCUGCAACCGAUUCUUCCGAUACUGGAGUACUGUCGAGAGAGGAGCUGUUGAAGGCGGAACUCGUGCUGUGGCGGUUGGUGCAGAACGAAGAAUAUGCCGAAGAAGUGUCGACGAUUCGCAAGAACAAGGAACGACCGCCAGGAGAAGUCAAAAGGUUGACGAAAAGUAGCCCGUUACGCAAGUUAACGGUUUUUCUCGACGAUAAUGGAGUUCUGCGUAUCGAAGGGCGGAUUGAGGCAGCAAAAUUUGUUCCAUACGAGCCCAAGUAUCCCGUGGUGCUCCCAAAACAACACUACGUUACUCGACUGCUCGUCGAUCACUUUCACCGACGGUACGCACAUGGUUACGGAGAAACGGUGAUCAACGAGCUUCGACAGAUCUUCCACAUUCCUGGUUUGAGAACUCUUGUCCGACAGAUUGCCAAUCGUUGCUCAUGGUGUACCGUGUAUCGUGCAGCUCCCCGGUCCCCGCGAAUGGCACCUCUUCCAGCUACGAGAGUGACCCCGUACGUCCGGCCAUUCACAUUUAUUGGCAUCGACUACUGUGGGCCUUUCCUGAUUCGCAUCGGUAGAAACAACGUGAAGAGAUGGGUGGUACUCAUCACUUGCCUAACUGUACGAGCCGUUCAUCUAGAGAUUGCCUGCAGCUUGUCCAGUGAGUCAUGCAAGAUGGCUAUUAGACGGUUUAUCGCCAGGAGAGGAGCUCCACAGGAGAUCUACAGCGACCAGGGCACAAAUUUUGUUGGAGCAAGCAAAGAGUUACGGGAGGAAAUAGCUGCGGUGAACCGUACGUUGGGCAGAACCUUCACCAACCGUGACACUCAGUGGCGUUUCAACCCCCCGGCCGCCCCCCACAUGGGUGGAGCGUGGGAACGCAUGGUGCGAACCGUGAAAGUUUCGCUACAGACGUUGCAGACCAGUAGGACACCAGAUGAGGAGACGUUCCACACCCUUCUGACUGAAGUGGAAGGUAUAAUCAACUCGCGACCGCUGACAUUUGUUCCGUUAGGAUCAGAGGAAGAAGAAGCUCUUACACCUAACCACUUCCUGAUGCUUAGUUCUAACGGUGUAGUUCAGCCGCCACAGGAACCGGUGACGGAUAGCGGACGAGCACUCAGGGCUAACUGGGAUCUGAUACGAAGUAUGUUGGACCAGUUCUGGACGAAAUGGAUAAAGGGCUACCUGCCCACGAUCUGUCGCCGCUCCAAGUAGUUCGACGAUAUCAAGCCAGUACAAGUAGGAGAUUUAGUGGUGGUGAUUGACGAAGGAACCCGGAACAGCUGGACUCGCGGAAAGGUGGUUAAGGUCUAUCCUGGAAACGAUGGCAGAAUACGAAAAGUGGACGUGCAGACUGCGAAUGGAGUGUUCCAGCGACCGGUUACCAAGGUAGCUGUGCUUGAUGUGGCUGUAGGUGGUAUAGCUGAGCCUGAGGCAGGACAGCAGCAAUACGGGUCGGGGAAUGUGCGCGAGGAAGCCCACCGUGCACACUACCACCAACCUGGUCGAUAACAUUGAUCAACCUUCUGUACCGGGAAUCUACGCAGCUGUCAACGAAGUGAACAAAGAUAAAACAACACAAAACGAAUAGACAACACAAACGUGGUUUCGAUUUUCUGUUCCUCUAAUUUCUAAAAUAUUUGCUAGUUAAAACCUAAUCAACUUUGAACUUAUUAUUGAAUUCGUAAGUACAUCUAAAUACACAUAUAUGAAAUAAAAUUAAUAAAACAUUGUACGACACAGACAAGUUAAAAUCAACCAAAAGGUUGCGGACAGUGACAGACAAACUAAAAGGAAGGACUAAAAACGUAAGUCGUUACAAACACUCUUUAUUAAAAUUGUAAUAAUCAUGGAAAAUAAAUUUACAGCUUAAAGCAUUCUCUAAAGCAAAAACGAGUCUGCUAAAUAGGAGUCCCGAAACUUUUCCCAUUGUCGCAUCAACCGCAACACUCAGUUUCUUCUGAAGCCCGUAGUAGGCCCGUCUACCACUGAUGCUACGGCUUCAUAUUUCACGGCUAAACGUUAUUGUCCGUCGUCAACAAGGAAACGAGGUAGACGAAUUCUUCUACCGCCACGAAAGUAUCCCCGUCUAUCGUAACACUGCUGCCAAGGCUGUACUUUGUUUUUAACGUAUUCACCACCAGUCCGACCUUUGACGAAUUUCGCGCCAACUCGACCAACGGUUGGCAGCACCCUCUCAGAAUCGAACGAAACUUUGUGGGCAUAAACAAUAGGUCUUUCUAAGCAACUUUGCAUAUUUUGUUUUUCGAAAUUUUUCAAGAGUAACAUUUGAAGAGAGCCUAAUUUUUUUUCAUAGAUUUUUUUCAAAUCGAUGUAACUCAAAAAUGACAAGACCUACAAAAAAGUGUUGUAUGGCGGACUAUCGUGAAAUUUCAUGAAGUUUUUUUAGAAAAAUAUCUAAAAAAUACAAAAUUAAUUCCUACACUGAAAAAUAAAGGUUUUGAAAAUUUAAAUUGAUAUUACAAAAAACCCUAUGUUUUUAAAUCGAUGAUUUUUUUUCUGGAGAAAGGUAUUUCAAUUACCUACAUUUUCUCCAAACAAUGUUGCUGUGACAUAUUUAAGGGAAAAAAGUUUUUCUAACAAAAACUUUUUUCAUGUCUACAUUGAGUGAAUAUUUUUCAUCGUGUUUCGUGCCAACAUGGCCAUAUAUAGGUUCAGCAGCCUCUCAUCAACCAAUGAAACUUUAUGGAAGUUCAAAAAAUUGUUUAAGAAGCAACUUUGCAUUAUCUAAUAUUUAUCUAGACUAACAUUUGUAAAGGACGUAUUGGAGUGAACCACACUUAUAUGAAAAACAUAAGAUUCAAAAAAUGCUAAGCCUUACCUCCUGCAUCAGUUGUUUUGGAUUCCCAGAAGCUUCGUUCAGCAUUUGAGCGAAAUCGAUUUAGUCUAAGGGGUGAUACACAAAUUAUGUCACGCAAAAUUCGACCUUCUUCAAUCCCCCCUCUCCUCUAUGUCACGCUUUGUGUAUGGGACCUCACGAUUGUUUGUAUGGGUCGUCACGUUCUGCAAAACCCCCCUCCCCUCCUAAAGCGUGACUUAAUUUGUGCGUGGCCCCUAAUGGGGCGCUCAACGAGCAUGAAGUUUGUAUGGGAAAACUUGGCCAAAUGUAUGCAGAAAUCUUAAGCUUUUAAUUUUUGCCGCUAGGUGGCGCUGCAAGUGUUCAAUUAAUAAAAAAAAAAUUAAAGCCUUAGCUAUUCUUGUAGGUGACGAUAUGCCAAACAACUUUAACGAAGACCGCAAAGUGAUCCGAAGCCUGUUAAAAAUUUAUAUUAUCGUCGCACCACCAAAUCGAAGUCGUCGCUAGAAGCACAUGCGAAGUUGCAGCUGCGAAGUAAAUUUUAAUCUAUUUUUUCUGUUGCGCAUCAUUAAGCUAAUUAAGAGCAACAAUAUGCACUAAUCCAAAUUGAGUUGCGACAUUUCUAAGUAGGUUAAAAAUCAAUUUUCGCACGUUUGGUCACUUCGUAUUUCGACCAAAAGCAUAAUACUCUAGGUAAAGUGAGGUGAAACAUUAUUGUCGUUUUUCCAAUACAUGUAAAGGAAUAUCAAUAAUGAAAUCCUAAUGCUUCGCCUCACUGACGGAUCACUUACGGGUCUUCAACAAAGUUGUUUGGCAUACACUACCCGUCAUAAGUACGGAUUUUUUUUUGUCUUUUUAAAAUGCCGCCCUCAGAAAAGUCUUGUCUUCUGAAUAACUUUCCUGAAGACAGCAUCUUUGUAAGUCCUCAGGUUUUGGAGAUAUCGAGGUGAGUCAGGGUGAUGCAAUAUUGUUGCAAUACUUUUUGUGAGUCCGUACUUAUGACGGGUAGUGUAUAUAUAGUCACCUACAAUAAUACCAAUGUGUUUAUUAAUUGAACGCUUACAGCGCCACCUAGCGACAAAAAUCAAAAGAUUUCUGCAUACAUUUGGCCAAGUUUUCCCAUACAAACUUCAAGCUCGUUGAGCGCCCCAUUAGGGGCCAUGCACGCUUUAGAAGGGGAGGGGGCGAGGUUUUGCAGAACGUGACGACUCAUACAAACAGUGGUGAGGUCCCAUAUACAAAGCGUGACAUAGAGGGGAGGGGAGGGGGGUUGAAAAAGGACGUAUUUUGCGUGACAUAAUUUGUGUAUCACUCCUUAGACUAACUCGUUUUCGCUCAAAUGCUGAACGUAGCUCCUGGGAGUCCAAAACAAUCGAUACAGGAGGUAAGACUUGUCAUUUUUCGAAUUUUAUGUUUUUCAUAUAAGUGUGGGCCACUCCAAUACGCCCUUUUCAAAUGGUAGUCUAGAUAAAUGUUAGAUUAUGCAAAAUUGCUUCUUCAACAAUUUUUUGAACAUCCAUAAAGUUUCAUUGGUUGAUGAUGUUGUAAUCUAGGAAAUAAAACCAGGUUUCGUUGAAUUGGGAAGAACAAAAAUGUUGUAUUUGUUGCACUACGAUUAUUACACAAAUGACAUCUGAUUGGAAAAAUUCAAAUAUAAUAGCCCAUCUCCACGCCUACUCUGUUUCCGCACCGCUGCUGAUGUUCUUGCUUACACUUACUUCCAACAGAUGAGAGGCUACUGAACCUAUUAUGGUCAUGUUGGCACGAAACACGAUGAAAAAUAUUCACUCAAUGUGGACAUGAAAAAAGUUUUUGUUAGAAAAACUGUUUUCCCUUAAAUAUGUCACAGCAACAUUGUUUGGAUAAAAUAUAGGUAAUUGAAAUACCUUUCUCCAGAAAAAAAAAAUCAUCGAUUUAAAAACAUAGGGUUUUUUUGUAAUAUCGAUUUAAAUUUUUAAAACCUGUUUUUUUUUCAGUGUAGGAAUUAAUUUUGUAUUUUUUAGAUAUUUUUCUAAAAAACUUCAUGGAAUUUCACGAUUGUCCGCCAUACAACACUUUUUUGUAGGUCUUGUCAUUUUUGAGUUACAUCGAUUUGAAAAAAAUCUAUGAAAAAAAUUAGGCCCUCUUCAAAUGUUACUCUUGAAAAAUUUCGAAAAACAAAAUAUGCAAAGUUGCUUAGAAAGACCUAUUGUUAAUGCCCACAAAGUUUCGUUCGAUUCUGAGAGGGUGCUGCCAGCCCCAUAGAAGGGUUGGCGCGAAAUUCGUCCUUUGCUGCUUCACGUUUCAGGCGGGUGUACAGUUCUGACACCGUUUCAAAUGUUCCAGCAAUUAUAUCCUCCAUAUCAUCCGCAAAACAGGUAAAUUCGCCGGAUUUCAUGAAGAUCGUACCCCGGCUGUUGAGCCCGGCUCGUCGCAUAACACCUUCCAAGUCUAUCACCUUGUCGUAGUCCCCGUCGAGAUUCGAAUGAACUGGAUAGUUCACCCGAAAUCCUUACGCUGAUCUGCACACCGUCCAUCGUUGCUCUUAUCAGUCUGAAAAGCUGUUCUCGUCCAUGAUUGCUCUGUGCGGUCGAUACCAUGGGCGUAUUUAGGAUUUUUUUCUUAGGGGGUGCCUAGGGGGUGCCAAUUUCAGUAGCUUCCAGGUUGUUUUGCUUUUUUUGUAAAAGGAAAUACUGAUUUUCUCUGUAUAAUAUACUGCGUCGCGGAUAAAAAUAGUCCGCAAAUUUAAACACGCCAUAUUUUGAAGAAAAACUUUUUUGGAUAAUCCCAACCGUUGUACUGACUUGACACUUCCCCCAUAAUGUGAGGCUUGAAAACUUGAUAACUUGAUUGUGUAUAAUACAUGGGAUUUGUAUUUUCAGUUUAAACUCAACAAUCAUCGUGAAAACCCAUUUGUUUUGUGGAUUGAAAACAAUCAGGUCCGUAAGAAUACAUUUUCGGAGCAAUUAUAAGAAGUUUAAAUCUUGAAACUACAAAAUAUUCUCAAAUUUGCGUGUAACUUGUAUUCAUCGUGACAUCCUUUUUGCUUUAUUGCAUGAUAACAACUCUAAUUAAAAUAGUUUUUAAGAACAAUUGUAAAAGCUAUAAAUAAUACAUAAAAUUGUAAUAUCAGAAUACAUAUUGAAAUUUUUGGUUUGACAACAAAAUUAAUGGCGACAGUGUUAUUGUUUCAUUUGUUCAACCUUGUGGGCAUGAAAAUACUUCUAUAGGGAAAUUGUUACUAUGAUUCUUAAAACUACAAAAUUUGGACUCGAUUAUCAUGAGUUCCAUUCUGAAGCUUCACGAACAUAUUAUCAACCCAGUUAAAACCCGGAAUUUGGUGCGAGCGAACUUCAAAUAUUCUCAUCGGGAUUCUGACUUACGUAAAACCUACAUUGUAGUAAUCAGUCAAAAUUUCAGCUUCGUAAAAUUCGGAUAAUUGAUUGUCUGGUUUGUAAUACAAGAAAUGUGUGUUUUGACAAAACGAUCUUUCGGUAAUUCCUUAGGGAAUAUUCCCGGAAAUUUAUUUGGAAAUUGUUUUGCAAUUUAUUUCAAUAAAGACUUUUUUUUUGCAAAUACAUAUCUUAUUAAUUCCUUUGGGUUUGGCAAUUUUCUUCGGUAAUAUCUUCAGUUCCCCUUCGGCAAUUUCUUUAAGAAUUUAUUCUAUAAUAUGUUUGGAAUUUCAUACUAAACAUAUUUCACGCAUCCUUUGAAAGUUUUAUCGGCAAUUAUCUAGGAAUUUUCUUCGCAAAUUCCAUUAGGAGUUUAUUUGGGUUUUAUUUCAUUGGAAAAUCUUUUGAAAUGUUUUUUCGCCACUACUAAAAGUCUUUCAAACAUUGUUUAUUUAAUAUCAGUAAUUCUAUUGAUAGGAUCUGGGACCAUUUGGGCAGGAGCACCUAUUUUGGGCACUUGCUGCUAUAACCAAGUCAAUUUCAAACCGAUUGACUUGAAUUUUUGCGCAUGGCUAAGUAUCAAAUUAAACAAUUACUAAGGUAAGUUUUGACGAGGCCAAAUGAAUGGUUAUAAUGCAAUUACUCAUACCUCAAGCCAUACCUCCAGAACUGAUUUUUUUUCAUUAUAUUAAAAAAACAUUUACAAAGUUUGUUUUCGAAUAAAAUAUCCCUCAAGUAUUGUAAAAAGCAUUGAAAUAUCUCCUGUAAAAAUUUAAGUAAUUUUGGUACGCAUUUCAGGCAGUUACAGAUGGACAAGUAUAUAUGUAUUUUUUUGUUAUUUUAAAACAUAUUUUUAUAAAAAUAACGGGUAAUUUAUAAUACAUUUAGCAAACUUAUAUGCAGAUAUUUGCAGCUACAACCUUGCUCAAAUCUGAUCAUUUGAUGGCUGCCGAUUGAUUAAAUGUGAUUAAGAACAUGUUUGAAAUGUUACAUGAAUUUUUAUUGUGUAUAUAUUCUAUGAGUAAAAUUGUGUGCCUAUUACACACAGCUCCGUUAGUUCAAAAACAUCCAUUUCCACUUUUUGGUGCUUUGCAUUUGAAAGAUAAACAAUUAUUCUAAAUUUCUGCGUUGAAAAACAUUUGAAAAUCUACUUGGUUUUGUUAUAUGAAGACGCAGUGAACAACUCAAAAUUCAUGUAACUUUUCGACAAAUUUUGAGAAUGUCAAAUCGCAUAAUAGUACCCACGCUCUCAAGCAAAAUAUGCAACAGAAUCAUACAUAAAAAUGGUUUUUCUGCAUUCUUGGGAACAUCAUUGAUCUAUUAAAAAUAUUCAAACUCAUGAAUUAGAAAAUCAAUUUUUUGAUUUUUGGCCUAUGGCGGUACCACUGUGUGGCGGCACCAAGAUUGACAUAGUUGCACGGAUAAAGAAGGCGAGGGCUGCUUUUGCGAGUUUAAGAAAUGUAUGAAAAAAACAACCAAAUUAGUCGACGCACCAAAAUCUGAAUUUUCAACUCGAACGUGAAAUCUGUGCUGCUAUACGCCAGUGAAACCUGGUGAGUAUCAGUGGAAAAACCUCAUCAAAAGCCGAUAGCAACAGAAAUAUAGGAGCGAAAGUUGAGGUGGGUAGGCCACACUCUACCCAAGGGCGGGAGCGAAAUCUGCAAGCAAGCACUAGAUUGCAACUCUGCAGGACAUCGCAGCAGAGGCAGACCCAGAGGCUCAUUUUGUGAAUUAAAAGUUAGAAAAAAUGCAGAUAUGAUAAAACUUUCAGCUCAACGUUUAGCUCACGCUUAAUAAACAUCAACGAGUUCCAAUUGCUCUACAUUGCUAUUUCUGUCCAUUAUUUAUGUUUUUGUGUCUUUUUUGCCCAGUGACGCUUACAUCUCAAGCAUCCACUCUCUUCAAAUCCAAUGAAAGCUCCAACUUACCUCCAACUGAGCUUCAACUUCCAAUCCUUACUUGAUUGCUGCACACUUCAACCAGCUGCUGUAAGCUUUCGCUCUCUAGCUGAACAGCUCUUUCUCACCAGAUUUUAUUCCCAUCCGUACAAGAUAAACCAUAAUCCACAAUCCGGCUUGUUGGUUGCUGUUGAACCAAGCAAGAGCGUGAGUAGGCAAUGGACGACGAUCAACUCAACUCGAGUUCGAGUGGACUCAUCGUGCACAAAGCCGCAACUCACUCACUUCAGUUCGAGUUUGUCACUGGAGUCGUGUGGAAGUCAGCGCAAACUCCCAGCUCUCUUGCUCGCGCCAACCCCCUUAUUCUGUGUAGUGUAAGUUCGGUCUCUCAAGUGAUUCCCCAAGAUCCGUAGUCGUCGUCGUAACGAACGACGAUCGCAUCAAUUAUCCUCGGUGGCAGAGUGGUGUGGCGUACUUCGCCAGUUCGAGACUGUGGAGGGGCUCUGCUAUUAAUUCGAUUAAAAUCAGAAAAUUAUCUUCCUCUCGACGGCCGGGCCGGCAACGUUACGUACAAGCCAGCGAGCGAACUUAGUUACCUACAACGAGAACUCGGCGUGCUUUGCGCGCAGUUUGCGCAGCAAUUUUCUUGUCUUCUUCGCGGCUCGCGCACUGCAUGCGCUGCUGUUGUCUGCUGCUGCUGUUGCUGCUGCUACGACUGCUGGGCUGGUUUAUCGAAGAUUUUAUGACUUUUCGAGUGAAGUAGGUUGGCGCGCAGGAUCAGCAUCAGCGGACCAACAACGCGCCACAGUCGGAGAUCCAAGCUCGUUUAAUGUUAUGGUCGUUCGUUAUUAAUAGUGCGGUGGUUUUAAUUUUGCCAGUGAAAGAAGUUGGACUGACUGCAGGCACGCGGAAGAGCAAAACAACAGAAGAACUUGCACCAUCGCAUCGAUGUGAUGAGGGGUGUGGAAUUGUAACUUUUGUUUUGGCGGAUCACGAUUUGGGAUUGAUUGAGAGGGCACUGAACUAGGACGUGGAAAGUUUGAUGGUGCACAUUGGUAAGUAAGUAAUAGAAAUUACAUUUGUAGUUUGAUUUUGAAUCGUGAUCAUUGCAUUUCUUUGAAAUGAAUUGGCUUUGGAUGAUAAACUGACUUGUUGUUUUCCAAUAAUCGAGCCAUGAAAAACUGACCUAAAUAGUAAACAUUGGUCAAAGUUUAAUCUGAAACAGCUUGUGAAUCACAUACUUUUAACGAACAAAUUCAUCCUAGGGAGCAUCCAUAAAAGACGUAGCUUUUUUGGCCGAGUUUUUACUCCCCCCCCCCCUCGUAGCAUAUUUUCACAUACCUCAUACAGCCGAGACUCUUAUAAGAUCACUGGUCGGGGGGCGCAAUAGGAAUCCGCUUAAUAGGAGACUAAGAGCUUAUGGGAUUUCGGCUUUUUGGGGGUGUGGCCUAUUAUCUCGGGUGUGUUAAGAGUUAGCGCAAUACUUUCUUCGGCAAAGUUUUAGGGCUUGAUAAGAUCUACCAUUUAGAACUUUGGUUCGAAUGAUUAGUUGGAAACUUGGCCGCUAGAGGGACCAUCAACAGUUUGAUGUUAAAUUGCACUACACAGAAAAAAAUAUUCAUGUAAAAUUCAGCGAAAAAUCAUGCACAUAAAGGGAAUGCUAGAGUUAGUACAUGUUUACAUGGAAUAUCAUGUAAAAUUACGUUACGUUCGUGUAAAUUUCCGCCAAUAGUCGCGUAACCGGUUGCAGCCCAUCAUGGUUUACACGAUGGUUGGCGAAAAUUUACACGAUGAUAAUGUAAUUUUACAUUAUAUCUCCUGUAAAAGUGCACUAACUCUAGCAUUCCCUUUAUGUGCAUGAUUUCUCGCUGAAUUUUAAUUACAUAUUUUUUUCUGUGUACAGGAACCAAGGUUGUUAACCGAUAAAUUAUCGACAGUUAACUCAUCGCAAACUCGAUAACGAUAAAGGUUGCUCGAUAAUCUAUCGAUAACGGUAAUCAAACGAUAAAUCAACGCGAAGAUCAACGUACCUUCGAUAAUUUUGCAAUAAAUCUAGUUACCCUAGUGACGGCAUCAACAACGGUUCAGAUCGCGAAGAAAAUUUUUCGGAGACGUUAUCGAGUCGAUAAUUUCCACAGUUAACUGUAUCGCCGAUGACGUUUCCGCCUGAAGACGUUAUCGUUAUCGACGAUAAACGAUAACAGACGUUAAC